AUGCAGCAUGUAGAUUCCGACUUUGCGCCCAUAAGAAAAUCGCAAAAGGUUGUGGACAGUGACAAGAUUGUCAGGGCAAUAAACGAUGAUCUGGAGCAUAAAAACUUCACGAUACUGCGAAAAUUGAGUCUCGUUCCGAUAAAAGGUAAUGCAAAUAGCUCAAGAGUAUCUAAGCGGAGUUCAAUUGAGAAGCGGGUAAACCAUGGCUUCUAUCGAGAGUUUAAAUCAGUUGCUUUGGAGGAUUUAAGCGACAAUUAUUCCUCAGUGAGCUACAUUGCAGGUUUAAAUAAGUUUCUAACGAAUGAUCUUGGAAAGAUGGAGGGCCACAUUGUUUUCUUUAAUCAAAUUAAACACAUACAUCAAUAUGCCGAUAUUGAUCGCAGAGUUUCUGAAAUACUGUCAUUAGUUGACUUAAAUGUCGUAACUAUUGACAUGAACGACUACUUUAUCAAAGGGAUCUUUCCCCCAAAUAUAUUAAGUUGCUACGCCAAGACAAGGAAGAAGUUCAGAUAUAAAGCUCAGCUAGAUUUCGGAGUUAGUGGAAACGCUUCAGAUGACACUUUUGACUUAAUGAUGAUGAUUAUAAGAGAAAUAAGUCAAAACUCGAGCCUUAAUCACAUUAUUUGCUUCAGAUUCGAACAGUUGGAUGAAUCAUCUUCUUCAAAUGUAAUAGUUCCUUCGAAGCUCACAGAAUUCAAGAGAAUUUUAUUAUCUCUCCAAAGAAUAAAAAACAUUGCAUUCAAGUUUCUAGUUUAUUCAAAUAAUACUAAUAUUUCAUCUCUUCUAUUUACCACCUUCAAAAAUGAACUUAAGAGGGAGCUUACCAUAUUUGAAAUACCGGUUUUAACUUCUGUUCAAGUACAAGAACAUCUGAAAAAAAUGAUAAAGUUUCCCUCUGAUCCCGGGAACGAGUUACUGCGGUUGUAUAAUACACUCAUUGCACGUCAGUUAGAUAAUAAAAAAUCCUGUUUGGUCGAAUUUUUGGAGUUUUUGAAAGACUUUCCCCAUCCUUUUACCUACCUGUUCAAUGCUUAUACUGAGAUCCUUGUACAAAGUAAAACUUUUGAUGGAUUACUAGACAGAAUUAACAAUAAGUUCACAAUGAAUAACUACCCACACCGCAGCUAUAAUUUUAAGAGAAAUCAGCGUCUCCCACCGAAGGUGACUCGAGGUAUACAUGACAUAUAA